UCUACCUGCCGCCGCCGCUACAUCACCUCCUCCCACCGCCCCAACUCCUCAUCUCUGGCUCUUCACCACCACCAAUGACCCUAUUGGGAAAUGGGAUUGAUCAACCCAUUUCCAAUUCUUACACGAACCAUUUCCAUCUACAAUUACCAAAUCACAACCCUCCCAAUCUUCUCCAUCAUCGAAUCCUCCUCCCGGUUCCUCAAAUUCACACACCGCCCAAUCGAUUUCGCACCCAAAGUCCGGUGAAUACGAUAGGAAAAGAAGUUGAAGCUUGGUGGUCUUCUGCGAUGGGGUCCACUGGUGGUGGGAAGAAUUGAUUUUAGGAGCAGCUGGUUGUGCACUUUGAGUUCAUAUAGUGGUGUGGCUGGAGAUGGGUUCAUUGAUUUGGUGAUAAUGGUGACAUGCUCAUCUUUUCCAUGAGGGAGGCAAUAUGCUGGAGAAUGGUUUCAAAGAAGACGGAGAAGGGGAACCUUCACAUAGUUUCAAGGUUGACCCUGGGAAACCUGCUUCCCUGACUUGGCAACGAAAAUUAAAUUGUAAAGGAAAUAUUCUUUCAGAGUUUACUCUCAAGUUUAGAGAAAUAAUUCAUAUGGCUGCAUUUAUUCUGCGGUUGAGGCAAUACGUAAACGAAACAGCUUCUGAAGGAAGACCAGGAAUAGUCGAUCCUUUCCAUAAGCGUCUCAUCACAUGUUAUCAUGGUGUUCCGCUUGGUGGUAUUGGUGCAGGAAGCAUUGGAAGAAGUUAUAGAGGCGAGUUCCAACGCUAUCAACUAUUUCCCAGAGCAUGUGACGAUAUCCCAGUUCUAGCAAACCAAUUUUCAGUUUUUGUUUCACGCCCAAAUGGCUACAAAUCUUCUACUGUAUUAUGCGCGGCAAGUCCAGAGUCCAUCAAACAAAGUAAAGGUUCAGGCAUUGGAUCCUGGGAUUGGAACCUUGAUGGAGAGAGAUGUACAUAUCAUGCUUUGUUUCCAAGGGCUUGGACUGUAUACAAGGGGCAACCUGAUGAAGAACUCAAUAUUGUAUGUCGUCAGAUUUCACCAUUUAUUCCUCAUAAUUAUAAGGAGAGCAGCCUCCCUGUAGCAGUAUUUACAUUCACGCUUUCUAAUUCGGGAAAGACUGAUGCGGAUGUAUCCUUGCUUUUCACAUGGGCUAACUCAGUGGGCGGGGUCUCAGGAUUUUCAGGUCAUCACUCCAAUUCAAAGAUGAUGGUGAAAGAUGGUGUGCAUGGAGUACUUCUGCAUCACAAAACUGCGAAUGGCCAUCCUCCUGUGACUUUUGCCAUUGCUGCUGAAGAGACAGAUACAGUUCAUGUCUCCGAGUGCCCUUGCUUCUUGAUAUCUGGGAACUCCCAUGGAAUCACAGCAAAAGAUAUGUGGCAUGAAAUUAGAGAGCAUGGAUCGUUUGACCGGCUUAAGCACAAUGAAACUCCAAUACCUUCAGAACCAGGAUCAUCUGUUGGAGCUGCCGUAUCAGCUUCUUUGACUCUUCCUGCUGGUACAGUCCACACUGUUACAUUCUCAUUGGCAUGGGCAUGCCCAGAAGUACAAUUUGCUAGUGGAAAGACUUACAACAGGCGCUAUACAAAAUUUUAUGGCACUUGUGGGGAAGCAGCGGCAAGUAUUGCACACGAUGCUAUUCUCGACCAUGUCCAUUGGGAAUCCCAGAUUGAAGCAUGGCAAAGACCAAUUCUUGAAGACAAACGACUUCCUGAAUGGUACCCAACCACUCUUUUCAAUGAACUCUAUUAUCUUAAUGCAGGGGGAACAAUCUGGACAGAUGGAUCCCUUCCAAUGCAGAACCUAACAACCAUUAAAGACACAAAUUUUUCCCUUGAUAGAUCCAGAUCGGAGUUUAAAGAAACAGUUAAGGUGGACCAUCAAAAUGACACCUCUAUUGAAAUUCUUGAAAGGAUGACAUCUGUACUUGAGAAAAUACAAACUCCAAUAACAUCAAAUUCUGCUUUUGGACCACGUUUACUUCAAGAUGGUGAAGAGAACAUUGGUCAGUUCCUCUAUCUUGAAGGGAUUGAAUAUCACAUGUGGAACACAUAUGAUGUUCAUUUCUAUUCAUCUUAUGCGCUACUGAUGCUGUUCCCAAAACUUGAACUCAGUAUCCAAAGGGACAUUGCAUCUGCAGUAAUGAUGCAUGAUCCAAGAAGAGUGAAAAUUCUGAGUGAUGGAAAGUGGGUCCCAAGGAAGGUUCUUGGUGCUGUUCCACAUGAUAUUGGACUUAAUGAUCCAUGGUUUGAAGUAAAUGCAUACAACUUUUUCAAUACAGACAGAUGGAAAGACUUGAACUCUAAAUUUGUUCUUCAAGUUUACAGAGACGUGGUUACCACUGGUGAUAAAAGUUUUGCACGAGCUGUUUGGCCCUCAGUGUAUGUUGCAAUGGCUUAUAUGGAUCAGUUUGAUAAGGAUGGUGAUGGGAUGAUUGAGAAUGAAGGAUUCCCUGAUCAAACAUAUGAUGCGUGGAUCGUUACAGGUGUGAGCGCAUAUUGUGGUGGUCUCUGGGUGGCAGCCCUCCAAGCUGCUUCAGCCAUGGCUCGUGAAGUCGGUGAUAUUGCAUCUGCUAAUUACUUUUGGUUAAAGUUUCAGAAGGCAAAGGCUGUAUAUGGCAAGUUAUGGAAUGGUUCCUACUUUAAUUAUGACAAUAGUGGUAGUAGCUCAAGUUCAUCCAUUCAGGCUGAUCAAUUGGCUGGACACUGGUAUGCAAGAGCAAGUGGUCUUUUACCAAUUGUUGACGAAGACAAAGCAAGAAGUGCACUUGAGAAAGUUUACCAUUUCAAUGUGCUAAAGAUAAUGGGAGGGAUGCGCGGAGCAGUUAAUGGGAUGCUACCAGAUGGAGGAGUUGAUAUGUCAGCUAUGCAGUCAAGGGAAAUUUGGGCAGGAGUUACAUAUUCUGUUGCUGCUGCUAUGGUUCAUGAAGACAUGACGGAAAUGGCUUUUCAGACUGCUGUUGGUAUCUAUGAAACAGCCUGGUCCGAGAAAGGCCUUGGAUAUUCAUUUCAAACCCCAGAAGGCUGGAACACUGAUAACCAAUAUAGAUCUUUGAGUUACAUGCGGCCAUUGACCAUCUGGGCAAUACAGUGGGCCUUGUCAAAGCCAAAACUCUCCAGCCAGGAGACGAGACCUGAAGCUAGUGAAGACUAUACAGAUUACAGUCACCAUGCAGGAUUUGAAAAGGUUGCACGCCUUCUAAAGUUGCCAGAAGAGGAGGCUUCUAAAAGCUAUUUACGGUCGGUGUAUGAUUUUUUCUUUCGGAGUUCAUCAAUGUAACUUUUAGGUCAUUUGAACUAUUAGUGAUAUUCCCUGUAAUGUUAAGGUCGUGAUAAAAUAAUUGCAGAUUGUCAAUAUGAUUUAUAUAUAUCAUUCAUAUUAAUAG